AUGCAUGGUCAGGGGAGGGAUGCAUUGCAGUUUUUCUCAAAAAUGUUAGAAGUUGAGGUGAAGCCAAAUGCUGUGACAUUUACUAACAUAUUAUGUGCGUGUAGCGAUGCAGGAUUGGCGGAUGAGGGAAGAACAUUUUUCUAUCAAAUGGAGCGAGUUUAUGGAGUUGUGCCUGGAAUAAAGCACUAUGCGUGCAUGGUUGACAUUCUUGGUCAUUCAGGUAAUCUGGAGGAAGCUGCAGAACUGAUAGAGAAAAUGCCAAUUUCCCCCACUCCUUCUGUAUGGGGGGCUCUGCUUGGGGCAUGUACGCGCCAUGGGAAUGUUGCACUUGUUGAGAAGGCUUGUAGCCAUUUGCUCGACUUGGAUCCCAGAAAUCAUAGAGCCUAUGUACUCUUAUCAAAUACUUAUGCCAAAACAGGGAAAUGGGAAGCAGUUUCUGGGUUAAGGAAGCUCAUGCGAGAUUCUGGAAUAAAGAAAGAACCUGGUUGUAGCUCAAUCGAAAUCAACGGUAGUGUUCAUGAAUUUCUAGUUGGUGAUAAUACUCAUCCUUUAUCCAAGGAUAUCUACUCAACGUUGGAUGAGAUAGCAGGGAGAUUGAAGUCAAUCGGAUAUGUGCCAAACAAGUCACACCUACUGCAAUUUGUUGAGGAAGAGGACAUGAAGGAACAUGCCCUAAUUCUUCAUAGUGAGAAACUAGCGAUUGCCUUUGGACUUAUUAGCUCCAAGCCAUCUCAACCAAUUCGCGUUGUGAAGAAUCUUCGUGUUUGUGGAUGUACAUACCUCCAAUAA